AUGACGUCUCUUCAGACAAACCCCAAUAAUGUCGCUCCGGCGAACAUGAGUCUGCCCCCGAAUUUGACGCAGCAGCAUAUCCAAGAAACCAUCCAGAAAUACAAGCAGAUGCAGGAACAAGGCGUUCGCCCCGACGACCCCGAAUACCUCAAAGCCCACAAUCUUCUCUCCGCAGUUCAGCGACAACAAGCCUACCAAAAGCAGCGACAAUUAGCGCAGCAGCAGCAACUCCAGGCUCAACGUCAGCAGCAACAGAAUGGUACUACCCAAGAGUUUGCCGCGACAAAUGGAGCUAACAACCGAGCAGUUAACCCCAGCGCUGCUGCCAAUAAUGCUAUCCAAGAUGUGGUCUCCACGCCUGCUGUCGGGCAACAGAAUUCGCACAAAGGCGCGCCAGCAGCUAGUGGCAGCUUUUCUGCGGAUCAAUUGCAGACACUUCGAAAUCAAAUAAUGGCCUUUAAAAUGUUGACGAAGAACCUCCAAAUACCGCCGCGCGUUCAGCAGCAGCUUUUUAUGUCCAAAAAAGUCUCCACACCUGCGCCCUCCGAUAGUGUCGCUGCAGCUGAAAAUGUACUGGAAAAUGCCUCUCAGGGAAAGCCAGACCAAGCUACGACAACUACCGAUGUGUCCAGCGCUAAAGAGUUCUACGAGGACUUCCAGUCCCCAUAUGACCUGUUCCCCAAAACAGUCAGCUUCACGGAUCACGCUUCCCGGGCUCAUCGUAUGCGCAUACCAGCUCUAAUGCCAGCAGGUAUCGAUCUGGAGCAGGUGCGUGAGGAGCGAGAAAUCGCACUAUACAACCGAAUCAAUGCGCGGAAAGCGGAACUUGCUGCACUCCCUGCGAACCUUGGCGUAUGGAACUCAGGCCAAAGCGAUGCCGCCACGGGCGACGACUCUUUGAAGCUAAAGGCCUUGAUUGAGUAUAGGAUGCUCAACCUCUUACCUAAACAGAGACUUCUCCGCAAGCAGAUCCAGCAUGAGAUGUUUCACUAUGAUAACCUUGGCAUGACAGCCAAUCGUUCCACCCAUCGGCGUAUGAAGAAACAAUCACUGCGCGAAGCUCGGAUCACCGAGAAGCUCGAGAAGCAGCAGCGUGACGCUCGCGAGUCUAGGGAGAAGAGGAAACAAGAUGUGCAUCUUCAAGCGAUCGUUCAACAUGGCAACGAACUUCGGGAAGCGGCGAACCAGCAACGCUCACGUGCCGUGAAGCUUGGUCGCAUGAUGUUACAGCACCACCAACACAUGGAACGCGAAGAACAGAGGCGCGUUGAGCGAACUGCCAAGCAACGUCUCCAAGCCCUGAAGGCCAAUGACGAAGAGACAUACUUGAAGCUGCUUGGACAGGCCAAAGAUUCUCGUAUCUCUCACCUCCUUAACCAGACCGAUGGUUUCCUCAAACAGCUUGCUGCGUCCGUCAGACAACAACAACGUAAUCAGGCUGAACGAUAUGGCGAAGACCUUGAGGUCGAGGAUGAUGAAGAUGAAGAUAUCGCGUCUGGCAGCGAUGAGGAAGGCGAGGGCAGGAGGAAGAUUGACUAUUACGCAGUUGCUCACCGUAUCAGAGAGGAGAUCACCGAACAACCUAAUAUCCUUGUUGGUGGUACCUUGAAAGAGUACCAGAUGAAGGGUUUGCAAUGGAUGAUCUCUCUUUACAACAACAAUCUCAACGGUAUUCUGGCCGAUGAGAUGGGUCUUGGAAAAACGAUUCAGACCAUCAGUUUGAUCACGCAUAUCAUCGAGAAGAAAAGAAACAAUGGCCCGUUUUUGGUCAUCGUCCCUCUAAGUACACUGACGAAUUGGAACCUUGAGUUCGAAAAGUGGGCGCCGUCUGUUUCCAGAAUCGUUUACAAAGGCCCGCCGAACGCUCGUAAACAACAGCAACAAAACAUCCGCUGGGGCAAUUUUCAGGUUCUUCUAACGACUUACGAAUACAUCAUCAAGGAUCGACCUAUUUUGAGCAAGAUAAAAUGGACGCAUAUGAUUGUCGAUGAGGGUCAUCGCAUGAAAAACACCCAGUCCAAGCUUAGCAGCACUCUUUCACAGUACUACACCAGCCGCUAUCGAUUGAUCUUGACGGGUACCCCGUUACAAAACAAUCUCCCUGAAUUAUGGGCGCUGCUGAACUUUGUAUUGCCAAAUAUCUUCAAAUCCGUGAAGUCCUUUGACGAAUGGUUCAACACGCCAUUUGCCAAUACCGGUGGUCAAGACCGCAUGGAUCUGAGCGAAGAAGAGCAGCUCCUUGUCAUUCGUCGCCUACACAAGGUUCUACGGCCAUUCCUGCUCCGACGUCUGAAGAAGGAUGUCGAAAAGGACUUGCCUGACAAGCAGGAAAGAGUCAUCAAAUGUCGCUUCUCUGCCUUGCAAGCCAAGCUCAACAAGCAACUUGCUACGCACAAUAAGAUGGUUGUUAGCGAUGGCAAGGGAGGUAAGGUUGGCAUGCGUGGUCUAAGUAACAUGUUGAUGCAGUUGAGGAAGCUCUGCAACCAUCCCUUCGUGUUUGAGCAAGUGGAAGAUCAAGUGAAUCCUGGACGAGGCACAAACGAUUUGAUUUGGCGUACUGCUGGCAAGUUCGAACUACUCGACCGUAUUCUUCCGAAAUUCAAGGCGACUGGCCAUCGUGUUUUGAUGUUCUUCCAAAUGACACAAAUCAUGAACAUUAUGGAGGAUUUCCUUCGUCUUCGUGGCAUGAAAUACCUGCGACUCGAUGGUUCCACCAAGUCUGAUGACCGAUCGGACCUGCUAAAGCUCUUCAAUGCUCCCAAUUCUGAUUAUUUCUGUUUCUUGCUUUCGACGCGUGCCGGUGGUCUUGGUCUCAACUUGCAGACCGCGGAUACUGUCAUCAUUUUCGAUUCCGACUGGAACCCUCAUCAGGACCUCCAAGCUCAAGAUCGUGCGCACCGUAUUGGUCAAAAGAACGAAGUCAGGAUUCUGCGACUCAUCACCUCUAACUCCGUCGAGGAGAAGAUUCUCGAGCGCGCACAGUUUAAGCUUGACAUGGACGGCAAGGUCAUUCAAGCAGGAAAGUUCGAUAACAAGUCGACGAACGAGGAACGUGAUGCACUUUUGCGUACUCUUCUCGAGACCGCUGAAGGUACAGAGCAAAAUGGAGACCAAGAUGAGAUGGAUGACGAUGAUUUGAACGACAUAAUGGCUCGGUCCGAUGAAGAAUUGUCAAUUUUCCAGCGCAUGGAUAAGGAGCGCCAGAAGACCAGCCAGUACGGCCCUGGCCACAAAAUGCCGCGUCUUUUGGGUGAAAAUGAACUCCCUGAGAUUUACAUGACCGAGGAGAACCCGGUAGCGGAAGAAACCACUGAGAUUGAGCUGGCGGGUCGUGGUGCUCGUGAGCGCAAAGUUACUCGAUAUGAUGAUGGUCUCACCGAAGAGCAAUGGCUGAUGGCCGUGGACGCCGACGACGACACUAUCGAAGAAGCAAUCGCACGAAAAGAAGCAAGAGUCGAGAAGCGCCGCACCAACAAGGAGAAGCGUGGUCGCAAAGGGCAAGGUGACGAGUCCUCGCCUGAGCCAUCGCGAGAGACUUCUGAGACACCCCAACCCAAGAAGCGUGGUCGGCGAGGUCCCGCUCCAAAACGCAAAGCAGACGAGCUAGCCGAGGAGACGCCCCAGCCCAAGCGUAAGAGGGGUAGACAAGCCAAGCCCAUUGAGACAUUGAGUCCGGAUGAUCGGGCUGCUCUACAGCAGAUCCUCAACAAUGUCUACCAGGCGUUGAUGGACAUGGAACAAGAACUACCCGCCGAUUCAUCCGAUAGUGAAGAUGGACCUGUUACACGGGCGAUCAUCGAGCCAUUCAUGAAACCGCCACCCAAGUCGCAGUAUCCCGACUAUUACAUGAUCAUCCAGAACCCCAUCGCUAUGGACAUGAUCAAGAAGAAGAUCAACCGCGAAGAAUAUCAGAACCUGAGGGACUUCCGGAACGAUAUUGCUCUCCUUUGUCAGAACGCUCGGACAUAUAACGAAGACGGUAGUAUCCUGUUCCAGGAUGCCAAUGACAUUGAGGCUCGAUGUGUCGCUGAGCUGAGCAAAGAGAUUGAAGCUCAUCCGCAGUUCGCCAACCUCGACGGCUCGCCGGCAAAUCAAAACGAUUACUCAAUGUCUGUCGUCGGUGACACUCCCAGCGCGGCUGCAACACCAGGACAACCGAAGCUGAAACUCACGUUCAAUGCCGGAGGUGCUAUGCCUGGCAUGAAUGACCUUCAGUGA